UGUGCCGGAAGUGGCAAUUGAGGAGCGCGAGAUUGCCAGUUUGAGGGGUGCGAGCGGUGUUAUUACCAACAUGAACAAGCUGAAGUCCUCGCAGAAGGAUAAGGUUCGUCAGUUCAUGAUCUUCACGCAGUCCAGCGAAAAGACGGCUCUCAGCUGCUUGUCACAGAACGACUGGAAGUUGGAUGUUGCUACCGACAACUUUUUCCAAAACCCAGAACUGUACUUACAAACCCUGAAGGGGGUUUUGGACAGGAAGAAGUUGGAACAGCUCUACAACAGGUACAGAGAUCCUCACGAUGUCAAUAAGAUCGGAAUUGAUGGCAUCCAGCAGUUCUGUGAUGACCUUGGGCUGGACCCUGCCAGUAUCAGCGUUCUCCUCAUUGCCUGGAAGUUUCGAGCAGCGACUCAGUGCGAGUUUUCCAAGCAGGAGUUCAUGGACGGCAUGGCAGAACAAGGUUGUGACAGUAUAGAAAAACUAAAAGCACAGCUCCCAAAAAUGGAACAGGAGUUAAAAGACCAAGGGAAAUUUAAAGACUUCUACCAGUUUACGUUUAACUUUGCCAAGAACCCGGGACAGAAAGGACUAGAUUUAGAAAUGGCAAUUGCAUACUGGAACCUAGUUCUGGCAGGAAGAUUCAAAUUCCUAGAUCUGUGGAACACAUUUUUAUUGGAGCAUCAUAAAAGGUCCAUACCUAAAGACACCUGGAACCUUCUGUUAGACUUCAGCACAAUGAUAACGGAUGACAUGUCCAAUUACGACGAGGAAGGGGCAUGGCCAGUCCUUAUUGACGAUUUUGUGGAAUUCGCACGACCGCACGUUGUGGCAAAAAGCACGGUGGUGUAGCUCCAGGGCUUGCGGCAGAGAAUUUGUACAUAUUCUGUACAAACGAAGAUGGGAAAACCACCACCGAGGUGGUCAGUGAAUAAAUCGCCGAGGGCGGGGCCGCACUGCAGCCGAGCCGGCAGGUCACCCGCCACGAUUAAGAGGACUGUUCAACAAUGAUGAUGCAAGGGGCAUCGAAUGCUGGUUUGGCCUUUUACUUUUAGCACAAGCGCUCUUCUGUAAACCUCCAGUGCUGUUCUGGAUCCUAAACUUCAUCCUCAAUCUCUUAUCUAGCAGGAUUUGGCCUGCAGCCAGUUACCGACGUUUGUAGGAAGCACACAGUGCAUUUUAAUUUGAACACGAAAUUCUGAAAGUCGCAUAAUGUAGCGUUCAUCUUUGAGACACAGUGUGUUCUUGCUUUUGGUUUCCUUCUGUCCUCAUGGAAAUUGAGCAGAAAACCAGUGCAAAGUAUUGACUGUAAUUCCAGGUGUUUCUGUUGGAGAUGCAUUCCUUUGGACAUAUCGGCAAGAAAUCCCACAGCUGCCUACUGUAUUUGUUGCUGUACCAUUAUUUGUGCUCGUCCGAUGCCUCCAUCGACUCCUUUGUGACUAAACACUAGUUUGUGUUUUUCGAUUUAACCUACUUGAUUGACUACAAGUUUGUACCUGAGAGGAUUUCAGUUUUUGUUGAAGACAACAAAAGGUCCCAAAGUGUUUGGUACAGCGCCUAGUGUUAACAUGCCACGCACAUGCGGUCCGUCAUGCAGAGAUGACCCCAGCAGCAUCGAGAUGGCGCCUGCGAGGAUGUCUCCGACGGAACGGUGAACAGUUUCCUUGUUUACAACAGCGGUGUCCCUGGAGCUCGAAGGCUGGGGUGAAGCGCCUUCACGUACGAGAAU